AUGUUUAAUAGAAAGGGUGUGCCUUUAAACCUAGCCUUCUUCUCUACCAGCUCACGAGCCCUCAUAUGUGAAGAUCUUGAGAUGAGUGUGCACCAGGUGCCUGAAAGAGCAACUGCUUGCCAGCCCAAGGUGCUGGUAGGAGAUGCAUAUUCUGGUGGUGCUGUAGCCAGCAGGGGUCUGGAGUAUGAUUUCUGGGUCCCUGGAGAUAGCUGGCCACCUUCCCGACCCUCAGGUCUCAACUCCUUCAGACCUGCCCUAGCUGCUUGUCCAGCUCCUAGACUUGGGAAAGAAGCUGCAGCACUGGGCUUUUGGCAUAUGGUGAACAGCCUAAGGGCAGAGUACUGUGGCUGGGAGGAAAAUGCUGUGAUAAAAGUCAAAUUGGAUCUGCAGCCUGGUUCUAUCCUGCCUCUCAACACAGAGUGGAAGAAGCUGGGGGAAACUGAAGCAAUUAUACUAGUGUUGUUUCGAAACCCUAAAGAUACAGCUGUUUCAUUUUUCCAUUUCCACGAGAAUGUGCCAAGUGUCCCCAGUUACAGCUCCUGGGAUGAGUUCUUCUUAGAGUUCAUGAAUGGGAAAGUUGGCUGGGGAUCUUAUUUUGACCAUGCAGUCACCUGGAACAAACACAUUGAAGAUGAGAACACUAUGAUUGUAAUAUACGAAGACCUGAAAGAGAAUCUGGCUUCUGGUGUAAAGCAAAUAGCAGAAUUCUUUGGAUUCUCCCCAACAACGGAGCAGAUCCAGUCCAUUGCAGAGAGGGCUACUUUCCAGGCAGUGAAGAAUAAGGCUCAGGAGACUCAUGGUGCUGUUGGCACAGUUCUUUUCCGCAAAGGUGUUGUUGGGGACUGGAAAAAUCUUUUCACUGAAGCUCAGAAUCAGGAAAUGGAUGCCAAAUUCAAAGGCAGAAAGUUUCCACCUCUUUUGGCAUGGAUAUUUUUCAUUGCUUUGGAAUGAAAAGCAAUGAAUGUUAGUGGAAGUUCUAAUUCUGAGCAAUCGAAGGAAUUGUCCGGGGCAGAAGUUGCUCGUGGAGGUUGGAGUGAGGAUUGAAGAGCAAAGUAGAACACACAAAACCAAACCAAAUCAGAAUGAAUUGUGUUAAUACCAAACAAGUGAAGUUGAUGAAGCCUUUCAAACUAAUCCCAAGAUCUGUAUAAGUGGAAAAUACAGCUGUGUUCCUUAUGUAUUUGCUUCAGCUGUAAUAGACCCUACUGGAACACUAGGUUAGUGUCAUUGUUAAGAAAUAUAUUAAAGGAAAUUCAAAAGACUCUGAUUGAGGAUGAUGUUGAAAAAGGAAUACCAAUCUCUAGUAAAGUAGGUUGCAUGAAUUACUUGACCAAUAAUAGCCAGUCUAUCUGCUUAAACUGCCACCUUUUUCCACUUAAGAUUUUACUGAAGUAUUCCAGGACAGUUAAAGAGAAAAUUCUGUAUCAAGAUGCUAAAUAGAUUACUUUUAUCUUUUUACACCUUUAGAUCAGCAAGGUUAUUUAAGCUAAGGUUGCUUAGCCAUAUGAAGUAAUAUUUUAUAGAUGACAUUCUUACAUUAAUAAUCUGCAGACACUUCUCAACACAUACGCACUUACUCAGUGAUUACCAGCUAAGAAUGAGCAUUAAAGCAUGUUGAAUAUGACUACUGAGUGUGAGGGGCAGCUGAUUUGUUUGCAGCUUUCUGUGUGUUUUAGUUUCUGUUCUGUUAAAAAUGAAAGCACAUAUGAAAUCUAAAUGUAAUGUCACUAUAGAAAGAGAAUUUUUACCUUCCUCAAACACAUUCAGAAAAGCACUGUGCAGUGUUUUCAGAUGGUGGCACUGAAGGUCAAACCCAAUAGCCCAUAGUGUUUAUGGCUUUUGACAGCAGCUAAACAAAAAAAAUCAAACCCAACAGAAAAAUUAAAUUCCUCAUUGUGGAAAAUCAUCAGUCAUAUAUUCUAUUCUUUCAGCCAUAUGCAUAGACAACAGUUUUGGUUCUACAUUUUCCAUUUAUAUUUUGUAUUAAAUUUGUGUGUUCCAGUUUAUACUUGUUAUUAUGGAACUUGUAAAACUUUAAGUGGUAUUUUUAACACAUUAAAGAAUAUGUUGGAUCAUUUGCCUUUCAAAGAAGAAAAUUUUCACUCCCUGACUACAGGCUUUGAUUUUAUUAUUAUUAUUAUUAUUUCAUUUUAUUUUAUUUUUUGUGACUUGUUUCUCACUUAAAUUUUCUAACAGUUGUAAGUAUUUAUAUUAUCUAUAUUAUGCUAACUGGUAAAGCUGCUCUAUUAGUACUUUCGUCAUCUCCAUUUCCCUUAUAAGCUGCUCAAUAACAAACAUAAAACAGGAAAGUAUAUUAAAAUUAUCUUGAAAAAGAGAAGUUGGAGGUCUUCUUGGAAAAGAGAAGCAUAAAUGUGUCUUUCUAAUGCUCCCUUGUGUGUGUUCAGGGUGUCAAUAACCCAGUGGAAAAGAAUUCUGGUACUGAAUUGUAAUAAAGGUACAAUGGCAUC